AUGCGUGUGGAGGUGCGGUCCAAGGACUGGCGGGGCGCGCUGAGCCUGGCGCUGGGGCUGACGCUGGCGGCCAAGGGUGACGAGUUUUGGUACUGCGACACAGAUGGCCCUGAGCACGUGGCCGCGAUCUGGAAGAAGCUGCGCGCCUCCUGGACCACCAUCCUCAAGCAGCCCGAUGACGUCAUCGGCCUGGACACCCCCGGGCGCGCGAGCGUGGCCUCCCUGCUCAAAGACUUUAGGCACGACCUCAAGCAGUACGGCUGCCUGUGA